AUGGAGACCACGGAGUAUUUGGGUGCCCAUUUAGCUUUUAAGUCCCGCUGGCACAAGACGGAUGAGGAGCUCUGUCGGCAUAGCAUGUCCUUCAUCUUGCACAAGUCCAUCCGGAAUGAUUUUUUCCAGAGUUAUCUCUACCUGCUAGAGAAACUGCCUCUGGUCAAACUUUAUGCUCUGACCAGCGAAGUCAUCAACGGCGAAAUGCAAUUCUACGCCAGAGCCAAGCAUUUCUACAGUGAGGUGCCAGCAUCGGAAGAAGGCAUGAUGGGAGAUUUCGUUGAGUUGUCCAGUACAGAUCUCAAGUCUUCCAGGGAAUUCCUUAGGGAUUUUGUAGGGGGCCCUGGCAAAGCCAGCACCGACUUUGCCCUCGACUGUGGCUCAGGAAUUGGUCGGGUCAGCAAACAUGUCCUCCUUCCUUUUUUCAAGCAUGUCGAGUUGGUGGACAUGAUGGAGAACUUUCUGGCAGAAGCCCAGAACUAUUUGUGUAGCUACAGAAAUAAAGUUGACACGUAUCAUUGCUGUGGCCUCCAGGAUUUCACGCCAGCACCCAGAAAGUAUGAUGUCAUCUGGAUUCAGUGGGUUUCAGGAAAUCUGACAGAUAAGGAUUUGCUAGGGUUUCUUGUCCGCUGCCAGAACAGCUUGAAGGAGAACGGGGUCAUCAUCCUCAAGGACAAUGUGGCCCGUCAGGGCUGCGUCCUGGAUCAAAUGGACAGCAGUGUGAUCCGAGAUAUCAACAUACUCAGUAACCUUAUUGAAAAGAGCGGACUCACCAUCCUGAAACAGCAAAGACAAGAGGGCUUUCCUGAGACGUGUGUCCCUGUCUGGAUGAUCGCCAUGCAGAAGAAUCCCACACAUGCCAGAAACGGGGUGAUUGAAACGGGUCUUGAAGUCGAGGAUUUUGAAUCGAGAGAGAGAGGGAAUGAAGGGGCCCAUGGUAAACCCCGCUAACCCCCACCCCUGUUCACGUCACGACGAGAAACUGUUUCAGAAUGUUCAGAAGAGCGCUGGUUUGGUUGGUUUUUCAAGUCAGUCUGCCUUACCUGUCCUUACAAACAGUUUAAUCUGGAUGAUCUUACUACGUGAACAGCUUUUCCAUGGGCCGUUUCCUCACUUUAAAAAAAAAGCAGAGGCAAAACGGUUUUGUAAGCUUCGUGUGUUUUUGAGCGCAGUCAUGCUCCCCACUGCAGGUAGACGCGUGGAGUUUCCCAA